AUGUUGUCGUUUGAUUUACGUAACCCGUUUUCGUCGGGUGGGUACAGUCCGCGACGCGCUAGGCGGCGCGCUGGACGAGCAGACGCAGACCCCCCCGCACCUGCUGCCGCCCCCCUUCCUGGUGGACGUGCAGGGCGCGCCCCACCCCCCCGCCCUGCAGCGGCGCGUGCCGGGCCGGGCCCACCUGCUGCACCACCAGCUGGUGCCGGCGCUACCGGCGCUACCGGCGCCCGCCCCCCUCGACCGGCUCAUACUGCAGCUGGCCGGCGAGGGGCAGGGGCAGGGGGAGGGGGGGCCGCACCCCACGCACAGGAGGACGGGACCUAUAACCGAUCCCUGUGGAGCUCCAGCUUCGAUGUUAUACAGCUUAGAUCUAGCCUCACUCAGCUUAACUAGAAAACGUCUAUCAGACAAAUAUGAUGCGAUGAUUGAGAAAAACAAAUAAGGAAGCUUAUUCUUCACCAUACUCAGUAAGUAGGCCCUUAUGCCAAACACGAUCAAAGGCCUGUUGUACAUCCAGAUAAACAGCUGAGGUGGGAGGGAGUGCGUCACACGUCAGGAUCGUGGCAGCAGGGGGACCCGCUGCUGGUGCCGUACCACACCGUGGUGCCGCCGCUGCCGCCCGGCAGGUUGCGGCACAUACAGAGGGCCGCUGAGGAAAUGUACGAGCUGGAAUCGUCGUGGUAUCGUCGCGAGAUGCGGCGCCGCCCGCUGAUGAUCAACACGGCGCCCUCUGCGCCCGCGGGCCCGCCCCGGCGACACGCGGGCCGGCCCCGGUCCCGGCCCCGGCCCCGGCCCAGGCCCCAGCCACAGGUGCCUAUAUGUAUACUGUAUGAUGCGGCGCCGCCCGCUGAUGAUCGACACGGGCCCGCCCCGGCGACACGCGGGCCGGCCCCGGUCCCGGCCCCGGCCCCGGCCCAGGCCCCAGCCACAGGUGCCUAUAUGUAUACUGUCCGUCCGGAACCGGAACCGGAGCCGGAAGCUCACGAGGCGUCGGGCUCGCCGGACGCGUGGGGCUCCGGGUCGGGCUGGUCGCGGUCGCGGUCGCGGUCGCGGUCGCGGUCGCGGUCGGACUCGUCGGACCCAUCGGUGCGACUCACGGGAUCCCCGCGAUCCACCAACUCCAGGACUACGCCCUCGCUCAGCGAUGGAUCCUCAUCUUCGUCCUCUCAGUACUCGGACUGGGAGGCAGGCCCUCCCACCAGGACUCGGCGGAGACCGCUGCCUACGCGACGCUAUAGCCCCAGUACGGCUGCCACGAAACGCAACGACCGCCCUCCCGCUGCCUCGGAAGGGGCCUCCACCUCGGGCCUGGGGUCGGACCCGGGGCCGUCGGGGCCGGGGCCGGGGCCCGGGGGCUCGGGGCCGGGGGAGGGGGAGGGGGAGGGCCCGGGGCUGGACGUCCCGGAGCUGUACCGGGUGGGUGAGUGGCUGACGGCGGUGAGUCCGCGGAAGGCCCCAUAUCACCCGCAGAUCGGGGAUCACUGCCUGUACUUCAGAUUGGUGAGUCAUAUCAUAAUCAUCAUCAGCCUAUUAAUGUCCCCACUGCUGGCGCACAGGCCUUCCCUAUGAAUGGAAUAACCACGCAGGCCCAGUGCGGAUUGGUGAGUGCUAACGACUGCAGAUGCAGCCGGGACCGACGGCUUAACGUGCCUUCCGAAGCACGGAGGAGCGAGAGAUAG